GUGGAGGCCCAGGUUUAUGCGGCUAAGGAUAACGCACCCGGGUCGACUCGAUUCGCUACGCUCGCUCAUGGAAUCCGGCCGCGGCGACCGCGUCCGGCGGCAGCUCCAAGCCGUGGGACGUGCCGCGGCGUACUUCGGCGGCGGCUUCCUCCUCCUCUCCACAGCAUCCACCGUCGCCGUACGCUCCCUCCGCUUUCUCUCCGAUACCAACCAGAGAAAAUUCGCGAUGCAGUGUGGUGCAUGCGAGGGGAAGGGAACCUACGGGUGCAGGCUCUGCAGGGGUAGCUCCACGGUCGAAUGGUCUCCGCUCUACGACCCGGUAUUCGUUAACCCGUGCAUCUGCCCUACUUGUGAUGGUACUAGGGUACAGCGGUGCUUGAAUUGCCUGGGCAAAGGCUAUGCAUGAAGGAACGCCUCUUUUUAUGGGUGGACUGUUUGCAUCAUCAUCGGUUUCUUUUGUUACCUCGUUGAAGUUUAGGUGUGUAUUCUUAGGAGGGGGUGCUAAAAGUGUUGGCAAGGGAGGCAUUGUAUUUUGCUCAUGGAAUGUACUUAAUUGAUUCUUGGCCAAAUUGUCCUGUUUGUGUUGAGAAACUUAGGAAUAAUUGAUGUUUCUGAACAAAAUGAACUAGUAUCAAGGUGCAAAUUAACCUCUGUUUUGAGUUAGAAGUUGUAGACUUGACCUCAGUUCAUUGAUUUUUCAGAUAAUGAGACUUUUAUAUAA